GCUGCAUAGGGCAGCGUGCCAGAUUGAGCGCCAAGGCUGCCAGCAAGAAGCUGAGCCAAGAAGCAGCCAGUGCAUCCCAGCAGAAGGGGAGCCUGGGAGGUGGCUUCAGUGUGACUGGAACAUAGCCUCUCUCUGGGCUGAGCGCAAUCGGGGGCAGAUCUGAGACGGUGCCCCAACACCUGGAUCCAUGGAGAACCUUUCCUCCCUCUCAGAGCUCAACUCAUCCUGCGUGGGUGCAGGCGAGGCAGCAGGCUGCCAGGGGAAGUUCUGGAGUGGGUUGAAUGUGUCAGACACCCUACCCAUCCCCAACUUCUACAUCGUGGUGCCCAUCAUCUACUCAGUGAUCUGUGCUGUGGGGCUCACAGGGAACACAGCAGUCAUCUAUGUGAUCCUCAAAGCCCCCAAGAUGAAGACAGUGACCAACAUCUUCAUCCUGAACCUGGCCAUCGCCGAUGAGCUCUUCACCCUGGUGCUGCCCAUCAACAUCGCAGACUACCUGCUGCUGCAGUGGCCCUUCGGUGAGUUCAUGUGCAAGUUGAUCAUCUCGAUCGACCAGUACAACACCUUCUCCAGCAUUUACUUCCUGACCAUCAUGAGCAUUGACCGCUACCUGGUAGUGGUGGCUACCAUCAAGUCCAGACAGGUGGCCUAUCGCACCUACCGUGCAGCCAAGAUUGUGAGCCUGGGAGUCUGGGCCUUGGUUACACUCAUCAUCCUGCCCUUUGCUGUGUUUGCCAAGAUCCACACAGAGCAGGGCCGCCCGCAGUGCGUCUUUGUGUUCCCGCAGCCGGAGAGCUUGUGGUGGAAGGCGAGCCGCAUCUACACCCUCCUGCUGGGCUUCGCCAUCCCAGUCUCCACCACCUGCGUCCUCUACUCAGCCAUGCUCUUCCGCCUGCGCCGCCUGCACCUGCACAGCCACGCCAAGGCCCUGGACAAGGCCAAGAAGCGAGUGACACUGAUGGUACUGGUCAUCCUGGCUGUUUGCCUCUUCUGCUGGACCCCCUACCACCUCAGCACUGUGGUGGCACUCACUACUGACAUCCCACAGACGCCGCUGGUCAUUGGCUUCCCCUACUUCAUCCCCAGCCUCAGCUAUGCCAACAGCUGCCUCAAUCCCUUUCUCUAUGCCUUCCUGGAUGACAGUUUCCGGAAGAGUUUCCGCAAGCUGCUGGACUGUGGGGCAUCCUCAUAGCAUGCCCCAAAUCCCUAUCCCCACCAUCACCCCUUCACUCCAUGCCAGUGCUCCCCUGGCUGGUCUCGAACAGCCACCGCAGGGCUGUGGGCAGGCUGCCAAGCACUGGCCCAGCAAUGACUCCACUCAGCCCUGCAGCAUGAGGGAGGGUUUCCCUUCUGCAUGGUGGGGAGUCCAACUCCUAGAGUUUGCUGAGGGAAGCAAAGCCCAAAUGCUU